UCGUGCGUUACACCGUGGCGUGUGCACGGGAACCACACACAUCACGCGCAACGUGCAACAAACCCCGCGUGUAAAGCAAACCAUCGGACCUCUUCUUUUUUUUUUUUUUAACAACAAUCACAGUUUUUUUAUGAGGUGACCUGACCGCGACGUUAUGGAUAAACGCGCCGUGCUUCUGGACUCCACGAGCCGCCGCUAAAACUCGAGAACGAGAGUAAUACGACGUGCCGCGAACGAAACGCGGAGACACUCGACACAGGGGGUGACAGACCCACCGGCCCGAAACCACCGGAAAUCCUCAAUCGCGGUCAAAAAUUGCUCGGGAAAAUGGAACGCGGACUGCACGAGCGCGACCGAGUCGGCGUGCAGGACUUCGUCCUGCUGGAAGACUUUCGCAGCGAGGCCGCGUUCAUCGACAAUCUGCGCAAGCGAUUCAAGGAGGAUCUUAUUUACACGUACAUCGGUCAGGUGUUGAUAUCGGUAAAUCCGUACAAGAACUUAUCUAUUUACAAUCCGGAAAUUAUUCAGUAUUAUCAGAAGAAGAACUUCUUCGAGGCGCCUCCUCACAUUUUCGCUCUUACGGACACCGCCUAUCAAUCUAUGACGGAGGAAAAUCGCGAUCAAUGUAUUCUGAUCUCAGGCGAAUCGGGAUCCGGAAAGACCGAAGCGUCCAAGAAGGUAUUGGAGUUCAUUGCGGCCGCUACUGGACACAAGAAACAGGUGGAGGAAGUAAACGACAAACUUAUCGGCAGUAAUCCUGUGCUGGAAGCCUUUGGCAACGCCAAAACCAAUCGUAACGACAACUCCUCUCGCUUCGGCAAGUACAUGGACGUGCAGUUCAAUUUCCAGGGAGAUCCAGUGGGUGGGAAUAUUUUGAACUAUUUGUUGGAAAAAUCUCGAGUGGUUCAUCAAUCGACGGGUGAGCGCAAUUUCCAUAUUUUCUAUCAGCUUCUGGCAGGCGCGGACGACGACGCGUUGCGACGGCUGUUCCUCAAAAGAAACCUCGACACUUUCUUUUAUUUAAGCAACGGUACGAAAGGCACGGUAGAUACUAUCGACGAUACGAACAAGUACAAGGAGGUUGUUCAAGCAAUGAAGACCAUGGAGAUGUCUCAACAAGAACAAGACGACUUGUUCGCUAUAGUCGCUUCGGUGUUGCAUAUGGGUAACGUGGGUUUCUCAGAAGAAGAUGGCGUGGCGACUAUUUUAAAACCAGCAUCCGUUGACGCUGUUGCUAAGCUGCUAGGAUGUAACGUACAGCGACUGGCAAAAGCAUUCACUCAUCGCACCAUAGACGCUCACGGUGACGUAGUGGUUUCACCCUUGAAUAGGGAAUUAGCUAUUUACGCGAGAGACGCGCUAGCGAAGGCCGUGUACGACAGAUUAUUCACCUGGCUCGUGACCAGACUCAACAAGUCCCUACAACCUCAGAUCAAUCCUCACCGCAAAAUGGUCAUGGGCAUUUUGGAUAUCUACGGUUUCGAGAUCUUUCAGAAGAACAGCUUCGAACAGUUUUGCAUCAACUUCUGCAACGAGAAAUUGCAACAGCUGUUUAUCCAGCUAACGCUGAAGCAGGAGCAGGAGGAGUAUCUGCGCGAAGGAAUAGCUUGGGAAAAUAUUGAAUACUUCAACAAUAAGAUCAUCUGCGACUUGAUCGAGGAGAAGUACAAAGGAAUUAUAUCGUACAUGGACGAGGAGUGUUUGCGACCCGGAGAUCCAACGGACAUGAGUUUCUUAGAAAAAUUAAAUGUGAAUCUGAACAAUCAUCCUCAUUAUAUCAGUCACAAGAAGUCGGAUAUUCAAACGCAAAAAAUCAUGGGUCGAGAUGAAUUCAGGUUGGUGCAUUAUGCCGGUGAUGUAACGUACAACGUGCGCGGAUUUCUCGAGAAAAAUAAUGAUCUACUGUUUCGUGAUUUACGUGAAGUUAUGUCGCACACAACAAAUUCCAUCACGAAGGCUGUGUUCGAUAUAAAAAAGGACUUGAUCAGCAAGAAACGUCCGGAAACCGCUAUAACUCAAUUCAAAAAUAGUUUGAACAAUUUGGUCGAGAUCUUGAUGGGCAAGGAACCGUCCUACAUUCGCUGCAUCAAACCCAACGACUUUAAAAUGCCCAAUCAAUUCAACGAAAAGAUCGUGCUGCAUCAAGUGAAGUACUUGGGCCUGAUGGAGAAUCUGCGGGUGAGACGCGCCGGUUUCGCGUAUCGAAGACCGUACGAACAAUUUCUGCAGCGUUACAAGUGCCUCUGCUCCGAAACCUGGCCAAAUUAUCACGGCCCCGCCAAGGACGGCGUCCAGGUGCUCGUGUGUCACCUCGGUUACGAGAGCGACGACUACAGGAUGGGCAACACGAAACUGUUCAUCCGAUUUCCCAAGACGUUAUUUGACACGGAAGACGCGUUCCAAAGAAAGAAACACGAUAUAGCCGCGAUUAUCCAGAGCAAAUGGAAGUGCAUAUUAACGAGAAGAAAAUAUCUGAAGAUGCGAGCUGCGGCGAUUACUUGUCAGAAGUACAUUCGCAGAUGGCUCGCGAAACGCGAAGCGAAAAAGCGGCGGCGCGCGGUUGUCACUAUUCGCAGAUUUAUCGAAGGUUUUAUCACACGAAACGGACCGCCGACCGAGAUCAAUAUGGCGUUCAUCGAAUUAGCGAAGUCGCAAUGGCUCAUUAGACUCUCGAAAUCGCUGCCACCGGGUGUCUUAAAUAAUUACUGGCCGCCGUGUCCUUAUUCUUGUCGAGAAGCGUCGGAACAUUUGCGUAUGAUGUACAAGCUGUGGAAGGCACGUUGUUACCGAAUGGCGCUGAGCAAGCAGGACAAGGAGCAGUUUGAGCUGAAAAUUCUUGCGGAGUCGUUGUUUAAAAGCAAGAAGAAGUCGUACGCGAGGAGUUUAGGUCCGAGAUUUAUAACCGAUCGUCUCGGCGCGGAGCACAAAGCGCUGCGACAGAGUUUCACCAACAAUAUUCUACCGUCCGGAGAGAAUAUAAAGUACGCUACUCCCGUCAUCAAGUACGAUCGGCACGGUUACAAACCGCGCGAGAGAGUGCUCAUUUUAACACAGAACGCCGUGUACAUCCUCGACACGCUCAAGACGUUCAAACUCAAGCAUCGUUUGCCUUACAAGGCGAUCGAGGAGUUAGUCGUCACCGGGGAAUCCGAUAAUUUGCUCGUCGUUAGGAUACCACCCGAAUUGAAGAAAGAUAAGGGCGAUUUGAUCUUGGAAGUUCCGCACUUGAUCGAGGCUCUGACGAAAGCGAUCGAUAUUACCAGCAAUCCGAAUAUUCUCAAAAUUGUCAAUACCGAGUCCGUGUCUCAUAAGCUAGUCAGUGGUAAGGAAGGAGUCAUCGAAGUUAGAACUGGCACCACUCCAGCGAUUAGUAAAAAUCGACAAAGUGGGCACUUAUUAGUGGUUGCUACUCCAUAAAAUGUGAGAACCUUUUUUGAAGGGAUUGGAAGAUCGAAGUGCUAUGAUGCCUUACAGGCAGCCUUUUAAUACAAUGUGAUUUAGAGCAUAUACACAUGCCACAGAGAGAAAUUUAUUAAGAAGAAAAAUAAUAUAUAUAACUCUUUAUAACAUACCUGUUAAAUUAUCCUGGCACUUUUGUACUUCGGAGGAGACGGCGAGAGAUGACAAUAUGCAUUUACUUUCGUUCUAUCAUACAUAUAUAGGAUACGCGAAAUAAUUUUCUGAAAGUACGAACAAAAUAUAGUGCCAUACGGCUUCCUGUAUAUUACCUUGUAAAUUAAUAUAAAUUAAUAAUUUAUUCUGAUAGGUUCAAUAUAUUUACGAGUGAAUUUGAGUUCAACUUGUCAAUAUAAUUUAUAAACAAACUGUUCUUUUAAGCUAAUCAUCCUCAGUGAUAUAAACGUAAUAAUAAAUGAGAAGAUCAA